AUGCCUGCUGCCUGUGAGCCAGUGCUUGAAGAUAUUGAAGAUAUUGUGUCUGCACAAGACUUGAAACCACAUGAGCGGCAGUCUGUGAGAAAGAAUAUUUUUCCAAAAGUGCGAAAACGCAGCUCACACAAAAAUACUCAGACAGAUGAUGAUCCCCCAAGUGACAGCAUUAUUCCUGGUGCUCAGAAAAUCUGGAUUCGUACGUGGGGAUGUUCUCACAAUAAUUCAGAUGGUGAAUAUAUGGCUGGACAGCUAGCUGCCUAUGGAUACAAAAUUACAGGUGUUCACAGCCUUUGGUUUGAAGCAAUUAGCUUCUAGGAUUAAUUAGUAACAUAUAGUUGAUUCAACUGGAUAUU